GAGGCGGCAGGUUGCGGCGGCGGCGCCGGGCGCCGGAAAGCAGCCAGUUCGAGCCUGGGUCCCGGAGGCCGGCGAGCGCCCAGGACAGGGAUGCUCUCAGGACUAGCAGCCAUGGAGCUGAAGGUGUGGGUGGACGGCAUACAGCGCGUGGUCUGUGGGGUCUCAGAGCAGACCACCUGUCAGGAAGUGGUCAUCGCGCUGGCCCAAGCAAUAGGCCAGACGGGCCGCUUUGUGCUCGUGCAGCGUCUCAGGGAGAAGGAACGGCAGCUGCUGCCCCAGGAGUGUCCAGUGGGUGCCCAGGCUACCUGUGGACAGCUUGCCAGUGAUGUCCAGUUUGUCCUGAGGCGGACAGGGCCCAGCCUCGCUGGAAGGCCCUCCUCAGACAGCUGCCCACCUCCCGAACGCUGCCCAGUCCGGGCCAGCCUCCCCCCGAAGCCACGACCAGCCCUGGGCCACGAGCCCCGCAAAGCACUGACCUUCAGUCUUGGGUGCCCUGGGCUGGCCCCCAUCCCUGCGCUGCCGGAGGCUGUGGCCCCCAUAGCACCAAUGCCAGGCUCCUGUGCAGACCUGCAGGGCCUGGAGCGAAGGGUGCAGAGGAACGCAUUGGAGCUGGGUCAGGAGGCCUUCUGGGAGCAGGAGCUCCGGCGGGAGCAGGUGCGGGAGCGUGAGGGGCAGGCACGCCUGCAAGCCCUGAGCGCCGCCACUGCCGAGCAUGCGGCCCGGCUGCAGGCCCUGGACGCCCAGGCCCGUGCCCUGGAGGCUGAACUACAUCUGGCCACAGAGGCCCCUGGGCCCCCCUCACCCACAGCCUCUGCAACUGAACGCCUGCGCCAGGACCUGGCUGCCCAGGAGCGACAGAGUGCAGAGGUGCAAGGCAGCCUGGCCCUGGUCAGCCGGGCUCUGGAGGCUGCUGAGCGUGCUCUGCAGGCCCAGGCCCAGGAGCUAGAGGAGCUGAACCGGGAGCUUCGCCAGUGUAACCUGCAGCAGUUCAUCCAGCAGACGGGGGCUGCCCCGCCACCACCCCCACGGCCAGACGGGCCCCCCCCCACCACACAGGAUCUUCUUCUGCCUCUGACCAGAGAAGAGUCUUUCGCAAGAACCUCCCAGAGUCCUGCUCUGAUGUCCAGCCUGAGCCCAGAGAUUGUCCCCAUGAGGCAGAACUCCUGGAGGUAGCAGUUCUUGCCCCAGAAUGGACGUCCGCUGCCAGCCCAGCCCUGGGCUCCAAUGACACGAGCGAGGGCGCCAAGGCUGGCCCGACUUGGACAACAGCGGCGUCAGGGGAUCCAGAGGGUUCAUUUCCCCAUGCACUGGGAAGCCCUGGUGCCCUGGGCCUGAGACAGAAUGCCUCAGAGCCCUGGGGUUCUGCUCUGGGGGGCACGGGGAGGCUGAGGAUGCUUGCCCUAGUACUUGCCAAGUCUGCCGAGCCCCCUGGAGAAGCAGGGAGCAUGGCUGGCUCAGAAUUUGCUAGGCCCCAAAGGCCACCGCUCCUUAUUGGGAACAGGAGAUGUGUGGACACUGCUCAGCUGUGGGUGUGUGCUUGCACGUGGGAGGUAUCUUCAUCGCGUGUAAGCACAUACAUGGGUGUGCUGCCUCCGGUACCCUGACCCUAAAACCUCAAUAAACUACCCCAAAUGGCU